GCCAAUCUGCUCUAAACGUCAACAACACCGACAUCGACUUAUUCUCCGAGCCACUUAUCCGGCCAACAUACGAACUGACUUAAUAAUAUCCUAAUCCUAUCCUAUCGAGCGACGAAUUAAUUUGCGACGAAUCAUCAACCAGGCGAUCACCUUCCGAAUAUUUAUGGCGAUUGAACGGAACUAUUAAUCAGUCGAUCCCCCGCAUAUACAUACACGAGUCACCGACGUCAGACACCAAGCGACGAGAAUAACUCAGCCAUCAUGUCGUGGGCCGGCUUCAAGAAGAAUGUCAACCGGGCAACGACCCAGGUGAUGAUGAAGACGGGUCAUGUCGAGAAGACCAACGAUCGCGACUAUGAGGUUGAGGAGAGACGAUUCAAGACUAUGGAGGCGGCAUCCCUACGACUACAAAAAGAGGCCAAGGGUUAUCUUGAUUCACUACGAGCAAUGACGGCCUCACAGAUGCGCAUCGCCGAAACUAUUGACGCUUUCUACGGUGAAGCUGGUGCUAAAGAUGGAGUCAGCCGGAGUUACAAGCAAGCAGUGGAAGACUUGGACGCCGAAACGAUCAAGGCCUUGGACGGACCAUAUAGGACAACAGUCCUAGAUCCCAUUACCAGAUUCUGUGCUUAUUUCCCCGACGUUAACGAAUGCAUCAAGAAGCGCGGCCACAAACUCCUCGACUACGACGCCCUCCGCGCCAAAGUCAAGAAACUGGUCGAGAAGCCCGACAAGGAUGUGACGAAGCUCCCACGCGCCGAGAAGGAAAUGGAGAUGGCCAAAGCAGCCUACGAGCAGCUCAACGAGCAGUUGUGCACCGAGCUACCGCAGCUUAUCGACCUCCGCGUCCCUUACCUCGACCCAUCGUUCGAGGCUCUCGUCAAGAUUCAGCUCCGAUUCUGCGCCGAAGCCUACAGUCGCAUGGCUCAAGUACAGCAAUACCUCGAUCCAGACACGCGGGAGCAGUACGCCCAGGGUCAGCUAGAUACCAGGGUCGAGCAAGUGUUGCAGGAGAUCAGGGAACUGAGUAUCAGCGGAACUGUUUAAAUAACAGGGCGCAGUGAAGACGCGAAAAUGGACGGCACGACAUAAUGAUAUGUGUCGCGCGGAUUGGUUCUCAAGUGUAAUAGGUUGGAAUUGGGGAAUUAGGGAGAAUUGAGGAACAGAGGGAAGAACAUCACCAUCAACCACUUAUGACGACAUAUACCUCGUUACUCCUUUCUUUUUCUAUCUUUUUUCCUUCGUUACUGCUUAAUACGGCGUACAAGGUAUGAGGGAUAUGGGUUUAGACCUUGUUCACUUCGAAUGAGAAAAGACAGAAAGGUUACAGGCACCACACAUACUUUAAGGAACAUUACGUUGCUUCAA